AAAAGUUCAGGGCGGACUGACAAAAGGCAGUGCGUCUGGAGAGGUGGAGCCCAGAGUUGUCCAGAGCCGCUGCGAUACGCCCGCUCUCCUCUCCCACCCCCAGUGGAAGUGGUUCAGCCCGGGGACUUCUCAUUCAUAAAAAGAAAAGACUCCGCUAGGAGCGCGUGAGUCAGAACCGAAGCCGCCGACGCGGACCCCACAAAGCAGCCAGCCCAGGGCAUGUUCCGAGGCUACGGGGAACCCGGGCCGAGCUCCGGGGCCGGCGAUGCGUACGGCGGCCCGGCGCAGCCCCCGGCGACAGGCCACCAGCCCCUCAAUCCACAGAGACUUUAUCCCUGGUCCUCCAUGUCUUAUCCCUCAGAAGUUCCACCUCGUGCCAAGCAUCAACACUGUGAGUGGCAGCCAGGAGCUGCAGUGGAUGGUUCAGCCUCACUUCCUGGGACCCAGCAGCUACCCCAGGCCUCUGGCCUACCCCCAGUACAGUCCCCCACAGCCCCGGCCGGGAGUCAUCCGGGCCCUGGGCCCAACUCCAGCAGUGCGUCGCCGGCCCUGUGAACAGAUCAGCCCCGAGGAGGAGGAACGCCGUCGAGUGAGGCGCGAGAGGAACAAGCUAGCCGCGGCCAAGUGCAGGAACCGGAGGAAAGAACUGACCGACUUCCUGCAGGCGGAGACCGACAAACUGGAGGACGAGAAAUCCGGGCUGCAGCGAGAGAUUGAGGAGCUGCAGAAACAGAAGGAGCGCCUGGAGCUGGUGCUGGAAGCCCACCGCCCCAUCUGCAAAAUCCCGGAAGGGGCCACGGAGAGCGAAACCAGCGGCACAGGCGGUACCAGUGGCACCACCAGCCCACCAGCCCCCUCCCGCUCUGUGCCUCGUAUCUCCCUUUCCCCAGGGCCUGUGCUUGAACCCGAAGCAUUGCACACUCCCACGCUCAUGACCACACCCUCCCUGACUCCUUUCACCCCCAGCCUGGUCUUCACCUACCCCAGCACACCGGAGCCCUGUGCCUCAGCCCACCGCAAGAGUAGCAGCAGCAGUGGGGACCCCUCUUCUGACCCCCUUGGCUCCCCAACCCUCCUGGCCUUAUGAGGCACUCCAGCCCCCACUCCCUGUGGGUGCCACCCUCACCAAGAUUUCCCUGCCCAUUGGUCCAGCUGGCCUGGACCAUAUCUCAUGUCCAACCCCAGCAGAUUCUUCUCCAUCCCUCCAGAUGAGAAUGGGCAUAUUUUGCUUCCUGGUAGUGCCAACUUGGGGCUACCAAAGCUGCCCACUGUUUCUCUAGAGCUGGCCUCUCUAGCACAAUUUGCACUAAGUCAGAGACAAAAUGGUUCCUGUUUGUUGGAGAAAAUUCCGGGCAGCUCCCAAGGGACUUUGGAGAUUCUCAGAGGUCCUCUGGAGCCCUGAACCCCUGCAGAUCACCCCUAUAGUCAGCAUCACCCUCUUCCUGUGGUUCACCCAAUCCUACCCCUGACAGGAGGUGAUGCUCUACCCGCCGAGAACACUAACUCACCCAGCCCCACUGCCAGCAGCACCAGGUUAUUGAACCAGGACACUCUGCCAGCCCCUCCUAAAUGGAACAGCUCAGGAGGGUGCCAGAGGUUUCUGUGAUGAGCUGACCUGCAGCCCCCAGCUCUGAGAAGACUUUAGCUCCAAGCCUCCACAGCGUGGGCAGCUGCUAUUUAUUUUCCUAAAGAGAGUAUUUUUAUACAAACCUGCCAAAAUGGAAUAAAAGGCUUGCAGCUC